ACUAGUACAGGUUUCAAAAUCUUACCCUUUUGGAGACACCUAUUUAUAAUAAAUCCUGUUUUCAACAUAAUUACAGCAAAAUUGCGGCACGUCUCCGGUACAUUGUACCGGUGGCCAGUCCAGCACAGAACGAAGUAUUCCUGGCCCAGUACUGGACCCAGAACCCUACUGUAUAUUUUGCAGGAUCAACGAGGCGGCCACGCAAGCAAAGGGGAUGGGCAAGCUCGGAGGGAGACCAAGGAUGUUUACCGCCAACAAAGAGCAACCUAGAUCUAACGGCCACCGUGUGAAUGAUUAUACCCGGAAAAAUAUCAAGCGAAGCCGUCACGCUUGGCAGACAUUGAACGACGACAACACCACUUUUAUCAUCUUUGGUUUCAGGUGGUAGCUUUGGUAUCUGGCCGGUGUCGCAUCGGUUGUCUGCUCUGGAUGUUCUUGAUAUCGUGGUGCAAAGGAGAAAGAUCGAGUGGGUAGCAUUAUUUAACCAUGGCGCCCAAGAUGACAACUGUUGAAGAGAGUCACGAUGCUACCCUCAAGGUUGAAGAGCACCCGCUGAACACAGCAUCUGAAGAGUCCAGUGCUUCGGACAGCUCUUUGCCGGACUGUCCCACCAAUGCGGAUAGCGCCAAAGGCAAUGAACCAUCGGAAGUCAUUGGGGACGAUGGCGUAAAGAAGAGGUUGAGCUUGGAAGAUCGAAGUCGAAUCCCCGGUAGCUUCUGGGUGUCGAUUAUCUUGAUUGGCUUGUUGGAGGGCUGCAGUGGAAUGUACACAAUGGACACCGUGUACAGUUGGUGGGAUUCGAUCACAACAUCCCUGAGGACAGUGAAGAAUCUACUCGAAUACGAAAGGGACCUCAUGUGGUCAGCGGCAACUGGAGAGUUUAGGGAGCCAGACGAAUAUCUUCGAGCAGCUUUGGUUACAAUCGUGUCAGGUUCUAUUCUUUGGGUGUUGAUUGGCAAACCCAUGUCCGCUGGCCUCUGGACAGGACAGAGAUCCACACGACACAAAAUGCACCGUUACAUGGGUCUAUGCUUCCUGAUCCAAUACUCCUUGGCUUGGGUAGAGUUCAUUACAAACUACGAAGGAGCAGGAGAGUUUAGUUUUGUUCCACACACCGUGGCUCUUAAUGGAGUAAUCCAGGGUUACUCUGCCUACUUCUCGUUCAGAGUUCUACCCAACCUAAAGGAUGCAGGCUACUAUUCUGAUAAAGGAGUUAUGUCUAGAGACUUUCUCCAUGAGAACAUUUGCUUCAAUGUAUUCUGCGUGUUUGGGGCGGUUUACAACAACAAUGCGUUGCGAGAGGUUUUGCAAUCCAACAUUGGUGGAAGAAUUGCAGAAUUCACCAUGGUCUUCUACCCAUUUGUCUUGAUACGACCGUGGUUCCCUACUACACGUCUAAAGGACGCCGGUAGCAGAGAGAAGACAAGAAGUGCAAAUCUUGAGAGGUUUUAUCAAAUAGGGACAACAAUGAUCAAAAUUUUCUAUCUCUGGGCCAAGUACUUUCUGGGGUUCCACCUCAACUUUAUGCUUUUCCUCGGAUUGAUCAAGCCCGAGAACAUGCGCUUUAUGCAGGGUCUUCAUUUACUCAACACUGGAACUGUGGCCAUUGCCAUGUUCUUGCACACAUUGCGCUUCAAAAAGAUUCUACCUGCCAAGUUCACCUUUUCCUUCUACAUUGCCCAAGUUUAUGCUACCUUUUGCGCGUUGCCUUACGCAAUUGAUACCUUCAUGUCGCACCCCAAGCUGGCAGCAUUGUCCUUUUCUGGUUUGUUAUGCAACAUGACAAGAAGCCGCGCCAUCCAUUCGUCAUGGUGCGUUGUGGCCAUGCUACUGGUAGCCUGCACGGACAUUGAUUGGUAGAUUAUGUUUUGUUGUGGCUGUCAUUUACAAUGUCUUUGAUAGACAAGGCUAUUGUUUAUGCUGGAGAAAACACGCUCUCUCUGGUAUCUUCUGCCAUCCAUCCACCUGAGCAUGACCAAUUCUAAGAAGCUCAAGUAGGUAGCCCUGCGCCUUUUCUUGAUCACCGCUUCCCGGUGGAUUUGGAUCUUUAAGUUAAGUUUGGUCUUUUUUGUUGUCCC